CCUUCUCCGCGCGUGCGUGGCGCCCGUUUGCUGUUACUGUGGCAGCCGAGGGGCCCUGCGGGAGCCCCUGGCUGCGAGGCCUGCCGGAGGGACGGAGCCUUCCGGGAACACGAGCGGCAGCUCGGCCGCUUUCUCCUCGUCGUCCCCUUCCCCCUCCCCGCCGCAGUCGCUCACGCUGCUGGUGAUGCAGCCCUGCGGCGGGGACGGGGAAGCGGUGGGCGCCUUGCUGCAGCCUCAGCAGCCGCCGUCGCGGGGGGCCUCGGAGGCGCCCUCGGGCCUCAUGGUCUUCUACGAGCUGGGCCCCGCAGCGAGCGACGCGGACGGCGACGGGGGCGGAGGCGACAGCGCAGGCAGCCCCGGCGGAGGACUGGAGGAUCUGGACGACGAGGACGAGGGCGGCGCCCAGUCGGGAGGAGGAGGAGGAGGAGGCGGAGGAGGAGGCGGCUGCAAGAGCUGCACCUACGAAGGCUGCAGCGAGACCACCACUCAAGUGGCCAAGCAGCGCAAGCCCUGGAUGUGCAAGAGGCACCGCAACAAGAUGUACAAGGACAAGUACAAGCGCAAGAAGAGCGACCAGGCCUUGGGGGGCGGGGGCGGUGGAAAUGGAGGAGGAGGAGGAGGAGGAGGCGCCCCUUGCUCUGCCACAGCCGCUGCCACCGCCGCCGCGCAGGCUGGACCUGGGAUCUCUCCCGGAUGCAGCGGGAGAAUUGAGGAUUGCACUGAAAGUCCAGUUUCCAUAUCAAAGCAAAGAACAGGAAACAUUGGUGAUCGGCCAGCAAAACCUACACUUUUGGAACAAGUGUUGAACCAGAAAAGACUGUCACUUCUGAGAAGUCCAGAAGUUGUACAUUUUCUCCAGAAACGACAGCAGCUAUUAAGUCAACAAGCAUUGGAGCAAAGGCAGCAACAGUUUCCGGGAGCACCAGUGUGAGGAUGGGAGUGUUGUUCAAAUACCCUCAGCUCAGUUUCAUGUUGGAAUGGUGGAUGAAGGAAAGAAGUUGACUAACAGAGGCCUACAAGCUGCUCUAGCUGUUUUAUGCUGUGGUUUUACUUUGUUUAUUGGACAAGUAAGAAAACCUAUUUGGUUCCCCCCCCCCCAAUUUAUUUAUUUGUAAUUGUUUUUGUUAGCUUUGAUAAAUCUUCUCUCCGUCCACUGAAGCCUUCUGUUAAUAUUUUGGAAGCCAAGUUUUAGUGUUCUGGGAGAGAGAAAUUAAUAGAUCAAAUAAAAACCAAUUUAAUUAUUUUAAUGUUUUACUAUGUGAAAUUUUUUAAUAUCUUGCAUAAAGUUAUUCUUCGAUGACAGUCAUU